UUAAGAAGUCUUGUUUUAGAAAGAUAAGCUAGUUCCUUUGUCAUAUAAUUAAUCUUACUGGUCAAAUGUUGAGCCUUUCAAACAUUCGUUUAUAUUAUUUAGAUGUCACAGACCUUGUUGCUAAUUGGACCCUCGACGGCACUGACAAAGAUGUAAUCUUGCGAAAUAAUGCUUCCUAUAAAUCUGAAGAUGGCGUAACUGCUUUGUAUCUGGAUGGCAAGGGUUCAUACGCCGACACACCAUCCACCGACCUCUAUCAAUUUUCGGCGUUUACCAUUAUGUGCUGGGUAAAGGUCUUAGUACCCGCAAAAAAUAAGGGGUACAUCUAUGCUGAUUGGUCCAGACCUUAUCAGUUUUCUUUUUGGGUCAACGGUAUCCACAAGUCACUCCUCUUCCAUCUAAGAAACGAACUGGGAAGAGACAUUCUUGUAAUGCACAGGAGGGGAAUACGUCUGGGCGUUUGGAUGCACCUGGCAGUCACGUGGGAUCAGCAGAGACAGGUUGCUGAAAUGUUUUUCAACGGAAGUAAAAGAGGAGAGCAAUCCCCUCUUCCUGGCAGGUCAGGCUAUAGUAUUAUAAGUUCUCCCAGUACAUAUUAUCAGAUUGGAAGCAAAGCAGAUACCAAGGAAACAUUCCAUGGACUCGUCAGAAAAAUGAAGGUCUACAAGAGAUUGCUGAACAGCAGCGAAAUAUUUCAGGAGGCAAGAAUGUUUAAAGAGGAUGCUUAUCACUUCAACACAUGGCUUAUAAUCAAAAACACGCGUUUAACUCUGGAUCUUCUCAUUCCAACGAGUGCGCCAUACAAAGAAAUGAAGGCUAAAGUGAUGGCAAAGUUCAAUGGAAUGGUUCGCGGAUUUCUAGGAUUUUUCUCCGCCGAAUUGCAGCGAUUUGGUCCGCAGAGUGUUGACAAAAUUUUCAAUACCACGGCUGUAUUGAUGGCAGACAUAAAUAUCUCCUGCAGCAGCGAGCAAGUGAAAUUUCAGCUGAUGAAAAAGAUUAAGAAAGACUUAGCUUCCAUAUCGUUGUUUAACAAGACCUAUAUUGACUUUUUGGAUACAGCAAACUGCAAAUGUCUCCCUGCAAAUGUUGACGUAAACUUGAGCAAGGUACUGGGACAAGUAAAGGUGAUCCAUACAACCGACGUGAUUAACUUUCAAGCAGACGUGCAGCAUUCGCGAUGUAGUUCUGUGGCACAAUCGCUAUCAUACUGGCUCAUCACCAAAGCACAAUUAACGGACAGAACAUUUUACAGCUUUAUGCGCAACGCCAUGAAACAAAGUAAACCUGUCUGGUCUACGCAACGAAGAGUUUUUAUCGACCGAUUCUAUCACGUUAGCUACAUUUUACGAGCCAAGGCGGAUCUCAGGAUAAUCGGCUAUGAUUAUGGUUUCAUACAAGUCACGCGAAGAGAUUUCGUUGCCAGAAUUUCAGGAGUAUCUUCAGCGGAAAUUGGAGGAGGGAAUAUAUACCUUGUUGGCUCCCUUCCAUAUGUUCGAAAUUCUGAUCUAGCAGAUUCAUUGAUAUUUACCUGGUUUUGCAGAAGAAGCUACGAAAAAUUGCCAAAACGCGUUACCAUUCCACUUGUCGAUUCUCCAAAAGGGAACGCAAAUGCUUCCGGAGGUUGCUAUGGAUACGGCCCGGGAAGACUUAUGGGUCACAAGACUGCUAUUGUUGUUCAAGUCGACAAAAUGGAAAGUGGACAAACUUAUGUUUUUGAACUUGAUGUCUCAGAUGGAGCUAGUAGUUCUAGGGAUGUUCAUGAAUUGACCGUGAUAAAAAAACCACAUGCAUCAUUUUCAAUAAGCUGCAUCUACAAUUGUGGACCUGAGGUUAUUCCGACCAAGCGAAUGAUAUUUGAAUCCCGAUGCAGAGGGAACCUCUGUGAAAAAGUUACUGGCUAUGACUGGUCUUUAUAUGAGAAAGCGGAUCCCAAGAGUUCGUGGGUGCAAAUCGCAGACUUAGCAGAACGAAUACUCACGGACCUAGACAACCCAACCCUUGUUCUCACCGGCAGGAUGAAAAAGAAUGAGUAUUCACUCAAAAUGAAUACCGCAUACAAGAUAGCUGCCUCCAUAAAAAUAGCUGGUGGAUAUUUUAGAGAUGACAGUAUGGUGUUUCAAACCGUUGCGCCAUUAGAAGUUCCUAAAGAGAAGUGUAAUGUCCAGCCGAAAGAAGGCUUUGUAAUUAAAACUUUAUUUUUUGUGAACUGUUCUGGCUGGCGUAUUGGAAACGAUAAUUUGACUUUCAAAUUCAGUUACAAUACUUCAAGGAGCAUUGUGACAGCUGCACGGCCUCAAAAUGCACCAUAUAUAUCACUUAAGCUCCCACAAGGGUAUCAGGCUAAAGAUUACAAUGUCACCCUCAGAGUUGACAUAACUGAUGUAAGAGAAUCAAGCUACAGCGAUAUUGUCACCGUAAAGGUGAAGCCAUUGCCUCAGAAUGACUCUUCAAUGAAUGUUGAAACAUUGAUGAACGACCUUGGGAGCCUCCUUGAGGAGACAAGAUUCAGCGAAGCUGCUACUUUGGCGAUAGCUAUUCUUAGUUCACACGUUGAAGACGGAACGAAGGACUCUAUAUUGAAGGCUAUGGCUGAUAUCAAAAUCGCGGAUGUUAGCCAGGUCACAGGACUAUCUACGAUUGUUGUCAUGGCAACACAAAACAGAGUCCAAAUCCCUAUGGACGCUCUGGAAGAUGCUGCCUCGUUACUUUCCAAAGCGACUGACUUCCUCCGUGCUUAUCAAGGCAGAGAUGUUAUUGAAGAUACUAGUGCAGAUAUUUUAGAAGGAAUAUCAAACACUCUGACAGCUUCUACAUCUUUCGCUAAAAAAAAUUACCAUGAAGCUCUUCAUCAGGAAGAUGGAGGCAAACUAAACCUAACACAAACGAUAAACAGAAGGCGUAGAGAAGCUGAACAAGCUACAAGAGAAUUUUAUAAGGCCAAACAAGUCACGGAGAAGAUUUUAUCAACGGCGGACAUGCUUGGUACUACAUUGCUCUCUAUACAGGCUCAAGGUCAGAGGAAAACAACGCUCCAAACAGAUAUUAUCACUAUGACACUUCAGAGUAAGGCACCAUCAAAAAUUGGAAAUGAAACCUUUUAUGGAAAUGAUGGGGAAGGCGCCGUUACUUUUCCGCCAAUGAAAGUGCUGUUUGGAAGAAAAGAAACCAAUUUGAGAUCCGUUGGCACUCAAAUGACAACGCUGCAAAUAAACCCUUACGUGUGGAACAACCGCUCGAACUUCAUCAAAUCUUCAGUUCUGAGUGUUAAUUUAAAGCGGCAAGACGGAUCCCUCUUAGAAAUAUCUGACCUUAGUCAGCCCAUUGAACUGUUUAUUCCAGAGAGAAUUCAAAAAAAUGAUGAAACUGGAAAUUCUAGCCAGCGACAUUUUUUUUUAAAGCGAACCUAUAAUGGAUCCAGUCCUUUGCUCUACCACAAAAUAGAAAUUGAAAAUGACUUUCAAGCUGCAUUUGUGGAAAUAAGCCCAGAAAACAAUUCGUCUGUUGAUGUCUUUGUGAGUCGUGGUGUUAAGCCAUCACAUGAAAACUACAAGUUAAAAACAAGAAUUCCCGAUUUUUCAUCAUGCGUUCGUCAUCAAGACAGAACUGGUUAUACUGAUUGCACCCGUAACCCUAACGUUCUUUUGCUAUCAAGCAAUAUUACUGGUGGCACUGGUGUUCAUUUUAUUGGUAUACGUCUACUAAACAUGACGGGGAUUGCUCAGCGUCAAACCCGUCAUAUUUCAACUUCGUGUAAAGAUAAAAAUGGGAGGCAAAAGCGAUCUUGUAUCGGGGUCAAGGAUCCCCCAACCACUCCUCCUCCAGCCCCAGAGAUAAUAACACCCCAGUAUAAUUCACUGACAGAUGUGAACUACACCAUGUCAGUAAAGAUCAGGAGCUGUUUAUAUUGGUCUGAAAAGAUUCAGGCAUGGACAACUGAGGGGUGCAAGGUUGGCUGGAAAAUAACGGAUGGGAAGCUGCACUGCCUCUGUAAACAUCUUUCAGCGUUUGGUGGGAACAUUUUUGUGGCUCCAAACCCUAUCGACUUUGAAAAGGUUUGGAAAGAAUUCAAGAGGAUCGCUGACUCCGGAAAUUUCGUCGUGCUUUCCACUGUGUUAUUCAUAUUUGGUGUGUACCUUUUAGGACUCGUGGCUGCUCGUCGAGCUGAUAAAAAGGACUCUUUAAAGGUUGUCGCCAACGUUUAUAUAACUAAUUCCCAAACGGAGGGUUACACUUACUUUUUAAGCAUCCAGACCGGAGUAUGGAAAGGAUUUGGUACUUCAGCGCAUGUAGGAAUAAUCAUCAAUGGAGAGGAAGGAAGCAGUGGACCAAUUACGUUGACUGAUCCCUUAGCUAAGAGAAAAUAUUUUGCUAGGGGAAGUGUAAACAAUUUUACCCUAACCUUACCUUUUUCCUUGGGAAAAGUGACAGAUAUCUGCAUCUGGCAUGACAACAUCGGGUCCAAUCCGGCCUGGUUUCUUCAACAAGUUGUUCUAACAGAUCAGCAAACUGAGCAAAUGUGGUACUUUUUUGUGAACCAAUGGCUUGCCCUGGACGAAAGGAGUGGCUCCAUUGAGUUAUCUGUCGAGGCUGCAAAAGAAGAUGAGCUUGCUGAGUUUAAGCAUCUUUUCUUUUCCCGCACGGCCCGAAGUCUGGGAGACGGACACAUCUGGAUAUCUGUGUUUGCGAGGCCUCCUCACAGCCCUUUUACUCGUUGCCAGCGUCUUACUUGUUGCCUUGCUUUCCUUUUUACAGCAAUGGUGACCAAUGCUAUGUUCUACCAAUUUGGUCGAAUACCCACAGACUCCUUUAGAUUUGGCCCCCUUGUCAUGAGCUGGACACAGCUCAAGAUUGGAAUACAGAGCAGCUUUAUAGCGAUUCCAGCUAACUUCCUUGUGAUACUUAUUUACAGAAACACAAAACGAAAAUCUUCCGAUGAGGUGUACGAUCCCAGAGAAGUCGAUAAAAAGCCUAAGCCCCCCGGUUGUCUCCCACCUUUCUUUAUCUACGUUGCUUGGACCUUCAGCUUGAUCAUUUCCUUGACCGGUGCAACCUUUUCAGUGUUCUAUAGCUUGAUGUGGGGAGCAGACACUUCAAAUAAGUGGCUCACAUCUAUUUUAGUGUCCCUUUUCCAGGAUGUUUUACUCACACAACCAAUUAAGGUGUUUACUUUGGCUGCAUUUUUGUCUCUUCUCGUAAGGAAACCACUAGAACAGGAUCCUGUUAUUGGAGCUUCCUUGUUUCAAAGUAAAAAGGGGGAGAAUUUUCGAACUAAAAGGAAAAGGGAUAAGGAACUCGCCGGAGAAAAAGAAGCCGAUAGCCAAAAAUGGAGCAUGAUGGAAGCAAUCAAAGAAGUACUAUCAUUUUCAAUAUUCAGUUUUCUGCUUAUGGUCAUAUGUUAUGGAGAUAUUCAUCCGACUCGAUUCCAGUUUACCAAAUCCACGAUGGACAUCUUCAGUGGAUUAGAUGAGGUGGAUAGUACGUCUUCAUUGUGGAAUUGGGUAGACGAGGCGCUAAUUCCUGGCUUGUACGAUGUAACUUGGUACAAUGGCAGGUCAUUUGAAUACAAAGAGGGAUUUAUCAGCAACAAGAAGAAUUUCCUGAUUGGAAUGCCACGGCUGAGACAGUUAAGAUCGAAACCAAGGAUAAGCUGCCCAAAUGAUGUUUACAACACCCACAUCACAGACGUUUUUCCUGGUUGUUUUCAAAAGUACUCACCCGAUACUGAGGAUGUGACUCCAUAUCAUCUCCCAAAGUGGAUUAAGCUGCAAAAUUACAGUCUCUUUUCCUCUAUUGAUGACCUCUGUCCUAAACCGUGGAGAUACCAAUCGGGAUCGAUGACACAAACUCUUUCACAUGACGGUUAUGGAGGCGGUGGGUAUAUAGCAGACCUUGGAUACAACGGUCAAUCGGCAUCCAAAGUGAUAAAGGGACUUAGCGAGAAUAACUGGAUUGAUGGACAAACUGUGGCUGUAUUCAUAGAGUUCACUUUAUAUGAUCCAGCUACGUCUCUCUUUUGUAGUGGUAGAUUGGUCUACGAAGCAUCGCCUAGUGGAAAGCCUAGUACAAAAAUGGACAUCAGAACACUUGCUGUAUUUCCCUCACCAGAGACACAUUGGCAAAGGUUUUAUGAAGUGUGCCAGUUGUUUUUUCUUAUAGUCAUUGUGAUACAUUUAAUUGCUGCGGUAGUCAAGUUUUUUCGCCAGAGUAGGUACUUUCGUCAAAUUUGGAACUGGGUGGAGGUCAUUCUCCUUGUGGAUUGUAUCGUGGUAGUUGCAAUGUCAUUUCUUAAAGGGAAAUACACCAGUUUGUUUGUUAGGAAAAUUAAUUCAAACCCCUAUGAGACCUAUGGCUCUGAUUACAUUGUACGUUGGUUAAAUCACGGAACUACUUGGCUGUCAAUAGCAAUUUUUAUCGUAACUUUAAAGCUUCUGAGACUAAUCCGUUUUAAUUCCCAUAUCUGUCAAAUGCAAGGAACUCUUAAAAGGUCAGCCAGGUCAAUAUUUUCGUUUUCGUUGCUUUUCGUCAUUGCUGUUAUUGCCUUCAGUCAUUUUGGUUUUCUCGGUUUUGGAGCUCAUUUAGAAAUCUUUUCGUCUUUUUUCAACUCUUUGCGAGUAGUGCUACAAAUGUCUGUCGGCAAGCAAGUAGAUUACGUCAGCAUUUACUUGAAUAACUCAUUGAUGGGCUCGCUCUACUUGUUUUUAUUUUUGGUUGUCGUAAUGUUUUUCCUGAUCAAUAUAUUUGUAGCUAUUUUGGUUGAUGCAUACGAAGAGGUCAGGGGGGGUAAAGGGGAUGAUUUUUUCGAUGUAGAAGUUGGGAAUUUUAUGUGCAAUACCUUAAGAGAUAGAAGAAAAGAGCUUCCUGCUCACAUCCGUUCAACAAUGAAGUCGCUGUGUAAACAUCUCUCAAAAAAAUGCUCUAUAAAGAGCCGAAGUCCUGAUGUAGAACUGAGCAGUAAAGAGAAACGCUUUAUUGAAUCAUCCAACCAAGAAGCUAAGAAUAACAUUGAUAUGUCGCCAGUUUCGCCAACACUUGGAAUCACUGAUUAUCCUCUUAGAUUCAUCACAGAGGAGGAAGUUAAAAUCAAAUUUCUUUGUUGUAUCAAAAAUAUUAUUUAUGAAGAUGACUUGCUUGAUGAAAUGAAGUCUCAGUUUCUGGACAUGGAAACUGAACUGAUAUCGGUUUUGUGCUCUGACGUAACCGAUUCGAACACAGAAACCAGGCUGUAAAUUUAAACUUAAGGUGUUUUAAGGCUACUUUUUUUGUUAAGUUUUAAACAUAGAGUAAUAACUUAUUAGCAAAUUUAUAUAGGUAUAAUUUACUUUUGAUAAGGGCAUUUAAGCGGAAUCACCAGGAAUUAUUUUUAGAAAGUUUGAAAAAAAGUUGUAUUUUGCUUCCUCGCCUUAUCGCUCAAUUAUAGCGGAGCUCGCGUAGCCCUAUAAUUAUACAAUAUAGUAGAAACCCAUCAAGCCGAAAAAAUUUGGAUGUACGACCGUACGACCGUACUACCGACCGCACAAGGUGCUACUUUUAACAUGCGUGGUAAACUGUACCGCGG